UCCGCCUUUAACCUAAAUGCUCUACUACCUUUAUUUGUCCUUUCUCGUUUCUCUCUUCUCUAUCUUUAUUCUUCCAUUUCAUCCAAACAUGGUCUCAUCAGCUGCUAUGCUCUUACUUUUACUUCUUCCCUUCCUUGCUGGUCUUCUCAAUAUUUACUUCUAUGCUGCUUCCAAGAAGCUGUAUUCUUGGCUCCAGUCUUUUCUCUUCAAGAAUCCUGCAGCUUCUUCGAAAGUCUCUCCACAGGUGGAUAUGAAUACUACUUCUUGUAAUAGCAAGAACAACGGAGAGCUGAAGAGUGUGUUUACUACCUUUGACAAGAAUGGCGAUGGGUUUAUAACAAAGCAAGAACUGAGAGAGUCGCUCAAGAACGUGAGAAUCUUCAUGACGGAGAAGGAAGUUGAAGAAAUGGUGGCAAAGGUUGAUUCUAAUGGAGAUGGGUUGAUAGAUUAUGAAGAGUUUUGCCUCUUGUGCGAGGACUUCAUUGGAUGUGGCGGUCAAGAAUUGGGGGAUGAAGGUGGGAAUAAUGGAAGAGCAGAAGGGGAGGGAGAUUUGAAGGAAGCAUUUGAUGUGUUUGAUAGAAAUAAAGAUGGGUUGAUAUCAAUGGAAGAACUUGGAUUGGUGUUGUCUUCUUUGGGAUUAAACGAAGGAAAAAGAAUAGAAGAUUGCAAAGAAAUGAUUAGAAAGGUUGAUAUGGAUGGAGAUGGAAUGGUUAAUUUUAAUGAAUUUAAGAGGAUGAUGAGGAAUGGAAGCACCAAGCUUAUACCUGUCUGCUAAUAACUACUUCUUUUCUCCAAUUUCUCCAUGCACACUUCCAUGAAAUUCCCUGGUAAGUCUAUUAAUUAAAUUUCUCUGCAUAUAUUCGUACUUUAAUGAAACAGGAGCUAAGCUAGCUUAAAUAUGACUGCUUCCUGCCUAAUUAACCAACCUCAGUUCAGCUACAAAGGCAAGGCAUAUAAAUCAUGUGUGUAUGCAUGAAGGUUCUUCUUCUGAUCUAACCUCAACCAGAAGGAAAUUUUUUUAAUCAAACAUCAGCUGUAAAGAUACAGCAAGCUUGAAGCUUUUCAUGUAGUGGUAGUAGAUUAAUAUUAUUGGACAUUUAUAUAUUUCACUUGUGCGUGCCUUUAUAUGCUCAAUGUUUUUCCCUUUUGUAAA